UCAAAAGCUCAGUAAUGGAGUCCCCAGUGAUGCGGUUCAUAGGUCCCACCACUUCUCCUUGUUUCUCAUUCCAAGUUUGAACGCCUCGACUCUCUAAGACUAAGGUCACUACUCAUUAUCUUCCACUUAUUGCUUUUCAAAAUUCCAUACAAAUCUCUGCAAAUUGCUUUUCCUGUCCCGUCGGUUCGUUCUGGAUGCGAUUCUCCAUUUAGAUUCUGAAACCUAACCAUGGAGGAAGAGGAUAGUAUUUACACGCAAGAUGGAACGGUGGACUACCGUGGAGAUCCUGCGAUUAGAAGCCAAACAGGAACCUGGAAGGCCUGUCCCUAUAUUUUGGGCAAUGAAUUUUGUGAGAGAUUGGCUUACUAUGGAAUGAGCACGAACUUAGUGCUCUACUUUAAGAAACAUUUGAAUCAGCACAGUGCUACCGCUGUUAAGAAUGUGGCUAAUUGGAGUGGAACCUGCUACAUUACUCCCUUGAUUGGAGCUUUUCUGGCUGAUGCCUACUUGGGAAGAUAUCGAACUAUUGCUACCUUCUCCAUCAUCUAUGUUCUUGGGAUGACACUUUUGACAUUGUCAGCUUCAGUUCAUGGUUUGAAGCCCACAUGUGUUGCUAAAGAUGAUUGUCAAGCGACGACUGCACAAAGUGCGGUGUGUUUUGUGGCUUUGUACUUGAUUGCAUUGGGAACUGGUGGGAUUAAGCCUUGUGUUUCGUCUUACGGAGCUGAUCAAUUUGAUGAUGCUAAUGAAACUGAGAAGAAGCAUAAGAGCUCUUUCUUUAAUUGGUUCUAUCUUUCAAUCAAUGUUGGUGCUCUUAUAGCAAGUUCUGUGCUUGUUUGGGUGCAAGAUAAUGUGAGUUGGGCUUGGGGGUUUGGUAUUCCAGCCAUAGCUAUGGCGAUUGCGGUGGCAAGUUUCUUUUCGGGGACUCGGUUGUUUCGGAACCAGAAACCUGGAGGAAGUCCUUUUACACGGAUAUCUCAGGUCAUGGUGGCAUCGUUUAGAAAAUAUAAGGUGAAAGUACCUGAAAGCAAGGCUUUGUACGAGACUGCUGAUUCUGAGUCUUCUAUCGUAGGAAGCCGCAAACUCGACCACACCGAUGAUUUCAGGUUCUUUGACAAGGCAGCAGUGGAGAUCGAAUCAGAUCAGAUGUUAAAGGGCUCAGUAAAUCCGUGGAGGCUUUGCACUGUCACUCAAGUGGAGGAGCUAAAGGCCAUCAUAAGGUUGCUUCCAGUUUGGGCAACUGGGAUUUUAUUUGCUGCUGUAUAUAGUCAGAUGGGCAAUUUAUUUGUGUUGCAAGGUGAUAAAAUGGAUGCUCAUAUUGGCCCCAACUUUGAGAUCCCAGCAGCAUCCCUCUCCAUUUUCGACACUUUGAGCGUGAUCUUUUGGGUCCCGAUUUAUGAUCGAAUCAUAGUUCCAGUGGCUCGAAAAUACACAGGUCAUCCAAACAGUAUAACUCAACUGCAGAGAAUGGGCAUUGGCCUAUUUAUUUCAAUUCUAGCUAUGCUAUCUGCAGCAAUCUUAGAGCUUGUGAGACUUCGAGAAGUGAGAAAGAACGACUAUUAUCUACUCGAAAAGAUGCCAAUGUCCAUCUUCUGGCAAGUUCCUCAGUAUUUUCUUAUUGGUUGUGCUGAAGUAUUUACCUUAAUAGGCCAAUUGGAGUUCUUUUACGAGCAAGCUCCCGACGCCAUGAGAAGUCUCUGCUCCGCUCUCUCGCUUACUACCAUUGCACUUGGAAACUACCUAAGCUCUCUACUCGUGACUAUCGUCACCAAAGUCAGCACUAAAGAUGGGAGGCUUGGAUGGAUACCAGACAACUUGAACUACGGUCAUAUACAAUAUUUCUUCUUUCUCUUGGUGAUCUUGAGUAUCAAAAAUUUGAUUGCUUUCCUUUUCAUAGCCAAGUGGUACAAGUAUAAGAGACCCAUUGGAACAGUUCGCUGAUUCAUGUAGAAAGAAUAAUGUAAAACAUCCUCCUCUUUAUUCUGUAUUUAGUUGUUUGCCCUACUCAUAUU